AUGACAAAUAUAUUAGCGAUUAACGCGGGAAGUUCAAGCUUAAAAUUUAAAUUAUUUCUUCAUGAUGAAAACAAAGAAGAAGCCAUCAAUCUGGUAUCAAAAGGAACCAUCUCGGAAAUUACCUCGGAAUCAUCAUCAUUUUCCGCAAAAAUCAUUUCGUCCGAUACCAAAACGACAAAAUCUUUACAGACGAUCACUCACGAGAAAGCAUUCAAUCAUAUCAUUUCAUACCUACUUGAAACGAUAAUAAAAUCAAAAGAUCAAAUAAAAUAUAUCGUUCAUAGGGUGGUUCACGGUGCGACGGAAACCCAAGAAUUCAUCUUGAGAUCUGAUCCAACAACUCCUCGGGCUCUAUCCAAACUUGAUUCAUUAUCUGAAUUGGCACCAUUGCAUAAUCAUGUCAGCGUGUUAAUAAUAAAAUCUUGUUUAAAAGAAUUGCCGAAUUCAACGAAUUACGCGUUCUUUGAUACGUUAUUUCAUCAAUCCAUACCACCUCAUGUUUACACUUACGCUUUGCCUUUUGAGAAAGCCAAGCAGAAGAGAAUUAGAAAAUAUGGUUUUCAUGGUAUAAGUCAUUCUUAUGUUACUAAAAUUGCCGCGAAUUAUUUGGGAAUUGAUUGGAACGAUGAUGAUACAAAAUUUAUCAGUUUACAUUUGGGAAGUGGUGCUAGCGUUUGUGCCGUCAAAGGUGGCAAAAGCAUUAAUACAACUAUGGGAUUAACCCCUUUAGAAGGAUUGCCGGGAGCUACUAGGUCUGGUUCGAUCGAUCCUUCUGCCAUAUUUCAUCUUUCGUCUAAAGCACGUAAAUGUGAAGAAUCCCACCAUUCAGUGGAAAAACAAUUUCAUUUAACGGAAGCGGAAUCUAUUUUAAACCAUGAUUCGGGAUUUAAAGGACUUUGUGGUCUUUCAAAUUUCGGGGACAUUACAAAAUCGAUUCACAAUGCUACCGAGGGGAACGAAAAUCAAGAACGCGCAAAAUUAACAUUUAAUAUCUUUGUCAAUCGUAUCGUGAAUUAUAUUGGAAGUUACUUUGUUGAAUUAGAAGGUAAUAUUAGUGCAUUGAUAUUCACCGGUGGAAUUGGCGAAAAUAGUAAAGAAUUACGCGAAUCGGUCACGGAUAAGGUUGAAUGUUUAGGAUUUCCCAAAGUUGAUAAAGAGAAAAAUGAAAAUGUUGAAGGAUCCUUUAAGAAAGGUGAUGAUGUGGUGGAAAUUUCCAACAGGACAAAAGGAAAGUCUCGAGUGUUGGUGGUUGAAACCAAUGAGGAAAAAGAAAUGGUUAAUCAAUUAAUCGCGAAAAUUUAG